UACCCCUCCAUGCGUGUGCGGAGAGGGGCCGGCGGCAGUGGCGGCGCCGGGGGUGUUCCGCGCCCUCGCCCUGCCCGCGGUGCAGUUAAGAUGCGCCCCGGACACCGUGUGGUUGCAGCGCGGCGGCGCUGACAUCGCUCACCAUGGACAGCUUCGACUUAGCUCUCCUUCAAGAGUGGGACCUGGACUCUCUGUGUGUCUAUGAGCCGGAUAGAAACGUGCUGCGAAGGAAAGAAUGGGAAAGGAGAAAUCAGGAGGCCCAGCAGGAGGAUGGCACAUUUAACACGAGUUACUCCCUCUUCAGUGAACCAUACAAGACUAACAAGGGUGAUGAGCUCUCGAAUCGCAUCCAGAAUACACUGGGCAACUAUGAUGAAAUGAAAGACUUGUUAACUGACCGAUCAAACCAGAGCCAUCUUGUUGGGGUUCCGAAACCUGGCGUUCCUCAGACAUCUCUCCUCAAGCCUGAUGAACAUCUUAUUGCAGACUCGAGACUGCUGCCGCCUCCUCCCAUUUCUAGCACCACUUCUUCCGCACCAGCAGCCCUUCCUGCCCAGCAGAGCAAAAGCACUACGAUGGGCUGGCAGAAGGCUGGGCACAAUGCGGCUUCGGAUGGCCAGCAGAGAACAAGCAAGCACGGGCACCGGUCGCUGGAGUCACAUAAGGGUGACUUCAAACUGGCGAGCCAGAAAUCCAGUCUGGAGAAACUAAAACGCUAUGCCUCAAGUCCCUCCUCCUCCUCCUCCUCCUCCUCCAACGCUGCCCAACAAAGUUCAAUGAGGGCCGCACUAGGUGACAACAUCAACAGAGUGCAGCAGCCAGCAAAGCUCAACUGCAGCUCAGAAGGAGGAACUCCAGCACAAGAGAGGCCAGCAAAGCAUGCUGGUGGGCACUGUGUCCAAAGCUUCCCACCCUCUCUUGCUUCGAAGCCCAGUCUGGUGCAGCAGAAACCAACAGCUUAUGUAAGGCCAAUGGACGGUCAAGACCAGGCUCCUGAUGAGUCUCCAAAGCUGAAGUUACCAGCAGAGACCACCAAGUCAUAUAGGGGAGUGCCUUCUAAUAAGCUUGAUUCGUCCAGGACCAAGUCAAAGAUAGCCAAGUUUGCCAUUCCUAAGCAAGAAGAGGACAGUGGGACAGGAGAUAACAGCUGCAUUGAAGAAAUAUUACGGGAGAUGACCCAUUCAUGGCCUCCACCACUGUCAGCUAUUCACACACCAGGAAAGGCAGAACAAAGCAAAUUUCCCUUCCCAAACAAGGAGUCACAACAGGGAUCUACAGGACACAGCAAUACAAGGAAAAGUGAUGUAGAGCCAAAGAGUCCAGAGAAAAGUGCAACCAAUACGUCAAUGUUAGAAGAUGACCUCAAGUUAAGCAGUGACGAAGAAGAGAAUGACCAGCAGGCAGCACAGAGAUCUGCUCUCCGCGUUCUAUCUGACAGCCUGGUGGUGCCACAGUCCAACGCCCGAGCCUCAGGAUUCAGCAGCAAGGGGUCGAGCAGCAGCAGUUCCAGUGAAUCCGAGACCAGCUCAGAGUCUGACUCAGAGAGUGAAAGCAGCUCCAGCGAGAGCGACGGCAGCAAGCCCUCUCAUUACUCCAGCCCAGAGCCCGAGCCACCCUCAUCCAACAAGUGGCAGCUGGACAAGUGGCUGAACAAAGUCACCCCACACAAAGCACCCAUCCUGACUCACCAUGAUGGCCCAGCACUGGAGGCCCAUCCCUACUAUGGCCGAGUGAAGGCAGAGAGGCAGGAAAGUGAGAAGACUCCAUCCACUGGCCCGGCCGAGCACCGGGGUGGUGAGGGCCACACCACUGCCACCACAGCUGCUGGGGAGGGACCACGGCCCAGAACUGCCAACAAAGCACCAGGCAGCAAAGGAAGCCGGCAGAAGUCACCCCCUGCUGCUGACAGCGGGCCUCCGAGGAGAGCAGCAGGGAAGAAGGCACCACGGCGGGCUGAGCGGACCUCUACUGGGGACGGCCCCCACUGCUCUGGCACAGAGGAGCCUCCUGGGAGCCAUAGCUUUCCAGGCGGUACUGCUGGUGAGGGGCCAAGGGCCCGACCCAGCGGCAGCAGUAACAGCAGUGGCUGCAGAGUAGGGCACCGCCGAGAGCCCCGUUUGGCCACAGCUGGGGAGAAACGUCGGGCCCGGGGGCCAAGCAAAACAGCACCAAAAUCCAAGGAGUUCAUUGAGACCGAGUCUUCAUCCUCGUCAUCCUCUUCUGACUCAGGCUCCGAGUCAGAAAGGGAGGAGCACCCGCUGCCGAAGGUGCCGGCCACGGCUGGGCCUGAGCCACGGGCCAAGGACGCAGGGACCAGCACCGCCAGCAAAUCCCACGGCGGCUGCAGUGCCUUUGGCUCUAUUAAUGCCAGGACUAGUAGUGAAAUAGCAAAGGAGCUGGAGGAACAGUUUUACACCCUGGUUCCUUUCGGUAGGAAUGAGCUCCUGUCUCCUCUGAAAGACAGUGAUGAGGUAAAGUCACUGUGGGUCAACAUUGACUUGGCUCUUUUGUCCAGGAUUCCAGAGCGUUUACCCGAAGAGCCGCUGGCCAUGAGCACAGGAGCAAACCAGGUGGCCAGCCUCCCGCAGGGUAGUAGUGCUGACCUCCCAGCAGAGAAGGCUUUACCAAAAUCUAGAAGGAAACGCAAGUGUGAGAAUGAGGAAGAGUGCAGAGACAUCAAGAAGACCCAUUUAGAGCGAGAGAGUUCUUCACAAUUAGCUGCCUCUGCCCACAGCACCACAACAGCAAAUCACUGUACUGUGAAUGAAAAUAGCGUGGCAAUACCAAUAAAUAAAAAUGAGAAAAUGCUUCGGUCACCUGUCUCUCCCCUCUCGGAUGCAUCAAAACACAAAUACUCCAACGAUGAUUUAACUUCCUCCAGCAGACCUAAUGGCAGCAGUCUAUUACCUUCCAUCUCCUCCAGCAAAAAACAUAAGGGUGAAAUCCAGCCACAGACACAUCCUGGGGACUUCAAUAAAACAGUUCACAUCAAUUCAGAAAAUGUUCUCUGCAAUAAACCACAGUCCCAGACAGAAUCUUGGUCACCUCUGUCCAGCACAUCCAGAGACUGCAGAAGGACAAAACUUAUUUUUGAUGAUAUGCCACGCAAUGCAGAUUACUUUAUGCAGGAAGCUAAGCGGAAGAAGCAUAAAGCAGACGCAAUGGUGGAAAAGUUUGGAAAGGCACUGAAUUACGCAGAAGCGGCACUGUCGUUUAUUGAGUGUGGAAAUGCAAUGGAACAAGGGCCAAUGGAAUCUAAAUCCCCUUACACAAUGUAUUCAGAAACAAUUGAACUCAUAAGGUAUGCAGUGAGACUAAAAACCCACUCAGGCCCCAGCGCCACGCCAGAAGACAAACAGCUGGCAGCAUUAUGUUACCGCUGCCUGGCCCUUCUGUACUGGAGGAUGUUCCGACUGAAGAGAGACCAUGCGGUCAAGUAUUCAAAAGCGCUUAUUGAGUAUUUCAAGAAUUCAUCAAAAGCUGCCCAGAACCCAUCUCCUUGGGGUGCCAGUGGAAAGAGCACAGGAACUCCAUCACCCAUGUCCCCUAGCCCUUCUCCAGUCAGCUCUGUAGGAUCCCAGGGGAGCACAGGGGCCCCUUCCCCAUCUCCUAUCAUCAGCAUCCCACAGCGCAUUCAUCAGAUGGCCGCCAACCACGUCAGCAUCACCAACAGCAUCCUACACAGCUAUGACUACUGGGAAAUGGCUGACAACCUGGCCAAGGAAAACAGAGAUUUUUUUAACGACUUGGAUGCACUGAUGGGACCUAUCACCUUGCACAGCAGUAUGGAGCAUUUAGUUCAAUACACUCAACAAGGACUUCACUGGGUGCGGAAUAGCGCUCAUUUGUCAUAAUGACUGUGUGCCAUUCACGUGGACAGUACAUAUAUAUCUUUCAUGGAUAAUUCAGUUAUUCUGGACACUGUGCUACAGGAAUAGUCAGACACAGCAUUGAUCCAAACUAAGGUGAAUAUUUCUUCAGUACUGAGCAAAAUUUUUCUGAGUGCAGACAUGUAUGUGUGCAUGUAUGCAAUAUACAAUGAUGCCUCUUCAGAAUUAGUUGUUCUGUACCACUCUCCAAACGUUUUCAUACACUUGAAGUACUAGAAAGAACUGAUCUUAAUGCACAAAAUACACCCUUUCAAUUCUUGUGUGGAAAAUCUCAAACCAAAAUCUCAUGGGUUGAUUGAACCAAGUGCAAUAAGCACAGGUCCCUAUUCAGGAAAGCUCUCAAUAGAUUCUUUAAGCUCAUACUGAAAUCCCAUUCACUUCAGCAGAGCUUAAGCACAUACACAAGGGCUUUUCUGGACUAGAAUGAAUGAGGGCAAAUCACAGACAUGCAGAACUUCUACUGUGAGCAUGGACAUGUCACAGAAGUUUCAAUAUUAGUGUACCAUCUCCCUGUUACUCCCCAGCUGGGACAUACAGAGGAGUCGUGCAGUCCACAACAAGUUGGAGAAAGGCAGCAUUCUUUCAUGUGCAAUAAGUUUUGACAAAUUGCAUGCAUUUCUUUAUCUCCUGUCUUUUUAAAUAACUUUACCUUUUGUUCAGCACCUCACCAACAGUAUAACCUACAGUAUCAAGCAAAAAGCCUAAAAACAGGUAUGCUGAUAGGAAGAACUUAGAAGAGAGGGUGGGAAAUUGCUUUCUGUUACUGAUAGUAAAUAGAUGAAUGAAAAAAUAAGGCAAACUGCAAUCCACUUAGUAAAGAAAAGCUGUUGACUUCAGCUGCAUACACACAGAGAGAUACCUGUAACAGUUGUUGGCUUUGCAUGGGGAGGCUUCAUUGCACAGAUUUUGACUUUCAUAUCUUUUUCAUAUAGCAGAAUCUUGCAGCAUUUUCUUCUAGCCUGUAUGGGAGCAUUACAUGCAAUUUCCUUUAUCUGGGAAGCUGAGUUUGCUGCUCAUCAGGCUAAAAACUAUUUCCUAUCAUAAUCCUCUCACUCUUCAUGCAUAAUCCUCAACUAGGCUUUAACGUUUCUUGAUUUAUGGAAUGUUUUCUGUUCCUGGUGACAGGCUGUGUUUUUCAUGCCAGAAGGAUUAAUCCCACAAUAAUUGGAGUUUAAUUUGGGUCAGCUGAGGUUGAGGCCAGUUUGCAUUGAAUGUGCUUGCAUUCAGUGCAUUUUUGUUCAUUUUUGUUAAUUUUCAAUGGUUUUAAUACAUUUAGGUUCCUUUUUCUGUAACUGAAAUACAUUUUUUUUGCAGUCACAUUUACAAUCUUUACUCAAGUCAGCAGCUCCAGUAAUUUUCAAUGGACUGCUCUUGCCCAAGUCACUGAUUGGACCCUUUUAUUAUUGUUCGCUAAUCUAAUUUACUUAUAUAUUAAGGACAUAAGAAUACAAAAGACUCUUUCAAUAGAAGAUACAACUAGAAGUAGCCACUGAUAUUGAUGGUUGAUUGCUUGGUCCUUGCUACUUUUUUUUUUCCUCCCCUAUUUUUUGAAGAGCUGCAUUUUUAAUAAGAAAUACCCAUGCAGCACAUUUUCUCAGUAAAACAUCUUUGUUAGCACAGGUUGUAUGUACUCUGUGGUAAAAAGUGGGUUUGAAAGCACACUGAGAUCCAAGUACCUGCUUCUUUUUUUCCCUUUUGGCUGCUUACAAUAACUCCAGCUAUUGCUCAGAGCGAGCAUUCACCCCAUUCUUUGAAGCAACUCAGCAGGGUAGCUACCAAGGAACUGGUCAGCCCCAAGCCAUACUGGGCUGAUAUUUACAUACACCCAUUGGUGCUCAGAUAAUUCCCCUGCAAAAGAAAUCCUGAGCUCAGGCUGUGGUCAUCUCUUAGCAUGGACUUGAGUGUCACAGUGUGGCUGGCUUUAAGAGUGAAGGUGGACUUGCUUUUCCAUGAGAAAAUAUGCAUCCUCUAAGUCCUCCCAUCACUCUUAAAUCUGCCUCUUACCCUUCCCAGAAGCAACACUAUUUGUUUGGUCACAAGUAUCAUGGACAACUUGAUCGGUGCCUUUCUGUUCAUCACUUGCCUGAUCUCCAGCUGUGAAAGUCUGUCAUGAUUUACUAGGCUGCUACAAUGGAUUCUGUCAGCUGCUUCAAUACCGUAUGAAGGUACUGUGGGAUUUCUCCACAGUGAAAAAGUGAAAUUCCAGAUUAGCUUCUGUUUUCUUUGAUGGUGCCUAUGAUGUUUAUCUUCAGACAAGUUUGGGAGCCCUUACUGAUAUUUAAUGUUCAGAAAUUUAGGAGUGACAUAUAUUAAUUGCCUUAAAUGGAGUUUAGUUUUAUUACACAUGUGGCAUUUGAGUUUAAAAUAUGGAACUUUGAAGCAUGUUUAUUUUAUUAAGAAUGGGAUAUUUUUCUUAAUCACGAUGAACUCUUUGUAUGGAUGUAAUAUGUCAAGAAACUUCAAAGAAAUGCAAGAAUUAAUGCUGUCCUGUUGUAACAUUUCCAAGUACUAAGGAUCUCAUGUAGAUCAUUGUCCUUUCUUGUACAUUGUUCUUAUAUUGCAUUGUUCGAGCUAAAAUACUUACUGCUUCUAAGGAAAAACACACUGGUUUUUAGUUUUUGUGCUAGCAUCAUCUAUGUUAUUUGAUGAGCACACUGAGCCUUAACUUCUGGUGGUGUAACAGGAUGAAAUAGCAGCCAAUUAACCUAAAAAGACAUUUAAAUGGAUUAGAGGGGUUUUGCCUUCUCUCUGUAGGGUUUCUUGCAGCUAUACUCCUUUGGUGAGGUUAUUUAUAAUCUUCUUUUGUGCAGACUAUUUGCUGUAUAUGGCUGCUGCUGUUUAGAUGACUAAAUGUGGCAUGGUGACAACAAAUACUUCAUUUCAGCUUCUUAGGGCCUGGUCUGGAAAAGUGCAUGUGGCUUUUAGGUCUGGUCCAGUCAAGCAUAUGCUACACCUUAAGAACUCAAAUAGUCUUAGGUACUUCACCAUGAGCUGAAGGUGCUCUGUGUGUUCUGGAUGGGAUCAGAGGAAACUCUCCUUAUUCAAGGUUCCAUGAAAGACACUGACUUGUUUUAAUCUGCAGUAAAAGUCCUAGAACAGGCUUCUUUAUGCCAUAGCAACAUGCAAGUUUAUCUUGGGAAAGUGGGAAUUCAUUCUGUACAAAUCCAGAAGGAUUAAAACUGGAGGGAGAAGUUUACUUAGAAACAGAGGCUUCUGAAUCAGUCAGGGUUGGUAAACCAAUGGGAAUGGAUUUAAACAAACCAAGUAUGGCAGGUGGAUGCAACAAAUACAGAGCAGCCUAUAUGAUCCUAACAGACAGCAAGAUCAUACAGACCCCUUGGCCUUAAUACUUUAUAGUAUUCCAUGUUGGCAUGAGUGGCAGGUGAGAACAAAGCAUAUGCAGAGGCUCAAGUGUGGCCAGAAGCCAAGCAUAGUCCUCCCUGUCAGAUGACAGGCUACCCCAACUCCUUGUGUACUUGUUUGUUUUAUCCAUAUAUCCCAGGACUCCAGUAGAAGGGAUUGUAGUAAACAGAGGCCCUUGCAAAAAGGAGGUUAAGAAGACCAAACCCUAAGUGUAGAUACAAACACAUGUGUAUAUACUGUAAAUCUAAAUAGUAAUCAGAGUCACUCAGCAUGAAGAAUAUUACUAGUGCCUCCCAUUGGUCAUCAAGUACUUAUCACUGAGCAGCCAUAUCACCACAGAAUUGCAGUAGCUGUUAUCAAAAUCAUUUGUGUAGCUAAUUAAUUUAUAAGAAAUGCACCUUUGGGACUGUGCCAUAGUAUCUCUUUUGUAAUACAUUUUUUCAUGGCUACUGAUUCAAAUCUACAUCACUGAAAUGUUAGGCAAUCUUUUUGUUCUUUUUUUCCCCCCUAGAUGAGGAGAUAGACUUAGACCUGGCUGAUCUGUGCUUAGUUUAUCUACCCAAGAGACUUUAGUAGUCACCAGCCUUAACGCAUGUACAGUGUAUACUAUUUGUUGACUUAGUUGUAGGUUUUAAUCCAAAUGAAAUUGGAAUUUGCAAAACUACUUGGAUUAAUAGCAUCUGCUUCAGAUAUCCUGCAGAUGUGACAUUAAAUGAUUCAUGAUUUUAAUCAGAAAUAGUUGGAUUUUAUGUAAAUAGCAGUGGAUGAAUUCCUUGAUCUUUUUACAAGCAGUUUUUUUUUAAUUAAAAAAGAAUUUGUCAAAGCAA